CUUCUCUAGUCCCUUUUUUAUUCUUUUUUCUUUAUUUUUUUUCAAGUUUUUUUAACUCUUUAAGGCAAAGGAGGGCUUAGCAAAGAACUCAAAAGACAAGGGUAGAAAAGAGGUAUUAAGGCAAAAGAGAAGGGGCAAAGGGAAAAAAAGGCCAAGACAAAGAGAAGAGAGUCUCACCGGAACCGUUCCAUACCAGACCCCAAAGAAGAAAAAAAGAGAGGAAAAUAAUGGGUUUGAAUUCGAAAUCAAUGCCAGGAUUGUCGAUUAGAGCUGACGAGUCUUCACUAGAUUGCAAAAAACCCCCUGAAAAUCUCGAGCCAGCUGGUUCUUCGAUUGAUUUGUAUCCCUUUUCUGAAGGGUCUUUCUUGAAAUCUGAACCUGAUAAGCUUAGAUUUGGGUUUAACAAGUUCCUUGGGUUGUUUUUAAAAGAGAUCUGUGCCCAAGGUUGUGUUUGCUCACUCCCUCCAAUGGCUGAAGGUGGGCAGCCUGUGGACUGGCUUAAGCUUUUUUUGGUUGUUAGAGAGAAAGGUGGAUACAAUGCUGUUUCAGAAAGUGGGUUAUGGGAUUCAGUUGCCACAGAAUCUGGGUUGGGUUUAAAUGUAGCGUCAUUGGUUAAGUUGGUAUAUAUUAAGUACUUAGUUUCAUUAGAGAGAUGGUUGGAGAGAAUUGUUCAAAGGGAGGACUUGAAGAGUGAAUCACAUUAUACUGGUAAUUUGGUGGAGAUGGGAAUUGAGCUUAAAAGGUUUUUAUCGGAGUUUUCUCAAGUGGAAGAGAGUGUAGUGGCAGGGUCGGGUGGAGGAGAAAAAAUUGUAAAUGGCGAACAAUCUAUGGAUAUUGAUAUAACCAAGGAUUUUUUAGAUUACAACGAAGUGGAAAAAUUACGAAAUGAUGAUGACUUGAAGAGUGUGGUGGUUGAUUCAGAUGGUGAAAAAAAGUUCAUUAAUGUUGAUGAAUAUGUACAUACGCCUUCAGAUUUGGUGAAAAGUGCAGGUAACUCUACCGAUGUUGAGAAAUUUUGUAAUGAGGAUGAGGUGAAAAGUGCAAUUAUGGAGGAUUCUGUUGAAUGUAAGAAAUGCACACAUAGUGAUGAUGAUGUUGUGAAGUUGGAUUCGAGUGACAUUAAGGAAAAAUUGUCUUCAAAUAAGAGGAAGAGGGAUUCAAGUGCAAUUAUGGAGGAUUCUCUUGAAUGUAAGAAAUGCACACAUAAUGAUGAUGAUGUUGUGAAGUUGGAUUCAAGUGACAUUAAGGAAAAAUUGUCUUCAAAUAAGAGGAAGAGGGAUUCAAGUGCAAUUAUGGAGGAUUUUGUUGAAUGUAAGAAAUAUACACAUAGUGAUGAUGAUGAUGUUGUGAAGUUGGGUUCAAGUGACAUUAAGGAAAAAUUUUCUUCAAAUAAGAGGAAGCGGGAUUCUAUGUGGGGAAUGCUUAAUUGGGCUAAAGAGGUUGCGAUGGAUCCAUGUGAUCUGGUGGUUGGUUCAUUACCGGAGAGCUCAAAGUGGAAGUCUUAUGGUAGUGAGGAACUUUGGAAGCAGAUUUUAUUGUUUCGAGUAGCUGCCUUUCACAGAAAGGAUGAUCAUUCAAGUUCUGACCAGUCAAAAAUGCAGAAAACUCAGAAGAUGCAUCCAUGCAUGUAUGAUGAUAACACUAAAAUUGGGUACAAUCUCAGAGAAAGGUUCAGUUGCACCAAGAAGCUCCUUUUUGGGAAAACUGAUGCAAAGGGACAGAAUUGGUCACAGUCCUCAGGGAAUCACAGUGACUUCAAUGGAACCUGUGACUCUGUGACUCCAGGUUCUGUUUUUGACUAUGAAGCUGACAUUCAAGUUCCUAUUGGGCCACAGUUUCAAUUUGAGGUACCAGUCUGGACGGGAGUAGCUUCAGGAAGUGAUGCAAAAUGGUUGGGAACUCGUUUUUGGCCAUUGGAGAAAAAGGAAAACAGGUUCUUGAUCGAAAGAGAUCGGAUUGGAAAGGGAAGACAAGAUUUAUGUGGUUGCCAAGUUCAAGGUUCUCUACAAUGCGUAAAAUUUCAUGUUGCUGAGAAAAGAUCAAAGCUUAAGCUUGAGCUAGGUCCAGCUUUCAAGAAGUUGAAAUUUGAUAAGAUGGGUGAAGACGUUGCAUCUGCUUGGAAGGAAGGAGAACAGAUGAUGUUUUCGAAUAUAGUGAAGUCAAAUCCUUCAUCAGAACAGAAAUGUUUCUGGGAUGAGAUCUGCAAACAUUUUCGUAACAAAAGUAGGGAAGAACUUGUUUGCUAUUACUACAAUGUCUUUCUUUUGCAGCGUAGAGCAUACCAGAAUCGGGUCGCUCCAAGCAACAUUGACAGUGAUGAUGAACCUGAAUCUGAAUUAGCUGCUAAAGGCAUUGGGCAGGAAGCAAUUAAGCCAUAUACCUCCAUCUUAAUAUCUCCAAAGAAGUCGCAGAAAAAAUCAAGAUACUCUUCCAAGUAAAUAAGGAACCCAUUGAAAAAGGAUGCAAAGUUUUGUUAGCUCUUUCGAGGUUUCAAUUAAAAUAGAGACAUUCCGCUGGGUGUACCUUUGAAAAGUGAGUUUUGGUGGCCCAAGAUUUUGUUUUGAGGGGUUGUUUGGAGCGAAGACACCUCUGGUCUCAAGCACCUUCCUUUGUUAAUGCUCUUUUCAGUUUUUGAGGUAUAAUCAUGUUCAUUUUUCAUAACUAACAUCAAUUAAAUACAGGUAUUUUGGCA